AUGAGCGAAUCUUCUUCACAGAAAUUUCAUGCUGGUCAGCUUCUAUGUGGGGGAUUCCAAGGAACGAAUGUUACGGCUCAAGCAUAUCACUUGAUUGUUCAACAUCAUGUCUCAGCGAUGAUACUCUCGAAGAAAAAUGCUGUGUCUGUAAAGCAAAUGACAAAAUUAAUAAGAGACUUGCAGUACAUUGCGUACACUCAGGCUAAUUAUAAAUAUCCACUUUUAUUUGCAAUUGAUGAAGAGGGUGGUAUGAUGAACUCAUUGUUUGAUCCGAACUUCCUAAACCAAUUCCCCGGUGCAAUGGCUAUGGCAGCAACAGGUGACGCUGAUUUAGUUUACAAAAUCCUGAAGGCGAUAGCUAUUGAAUUAAAACAUAUUGGAUUCCUGAUAAUUUUGGGACCUGUGUUGGAUGUAGUGACAAAACUAUCUCAUCAAUUAGUUGGGGUAAGAAGUUUCGGUACCACCGUUGAGGAUGUCACUAAAUAUGGUAAGGCUUGUGCUAGGGGCUUGAAAGAUGGAGGUUUGAUCACUGUUGGCAAGCAUUUUCCAGGAAUCGGAAAUGCGAGUGUUGAUUCUUUAUUAGAAUUACCUAUGAUGGCAGACUCAUUGGACCAAAUUAAACAUUUUAACAGUGUUCCCUUUGCUGAAUUAAUUAAAGAGAAGUUACUAGAUGGUAUCAGUGCUGCAGGUUGUGGGGUUCCCACUAUAAGUCCCGAUGAAACACAUGCUUGUUUGUCGCCAAUUGUAAUAAACCAAUUAUUGAGACAAGACUUGGGAUUUGACGGUAUGGUAAUAAGUGAAUGUUUGGAAAUGGAUGCGCUAUACCAUUCAAUUGGACUUGGUCAAGGUGUUAUCUUAGCUCUCUAUGCUGGAUGUGAUUUAGUGAUGGUCUGUCAUGAUAAAACUUUACAAGAUGAAGCGGUCGAAUCGAUAGAUAAAGCGUUAGCCAAUGGUAACCUUGAUGAUGAAAUUAUAUCAUCAUGCUUGAGAAGAAUUGAGAAACUCCAAAAAAAAUUACCUAGCUGGAAUGAGUUGUUUCCAAGGGGAGAAGACUCUGCUAAAGAAGAUGAAUUGCCAUUGUUUAAGGACAAAUAUCAUGAAAUGUGGAAACAGCAUCAAUCUUUAUCCCAAAUGGCAUAUAGAAAAUCAAUUACCUUGGUUAGAGACUAUACGGGCACUUUACCAAUUACAAAAAUCUUUGAAAGCUUACCACAGUCUUCAAUUGCAGAAGAUAAUACGAAUAAUAUUUUGCUUUUAACUCCUUUGUUAAACCCUAUAUAUCCUAGAAGUCAUGGUGAGAAUGGUGAGCCACAAUUGUAUACGGGGGAAGAAGUAUUUCAAAAAUUCGGUGAUUUUCUAUCUAGUCAUUCCAAAAAUUUAAAGUCUAAAAAUCCUUAUAGCGUGCUACACACAACAUAUACAGCGAAUGGUCUUACUGCAUUGCAUGAAUCCUUGAUUGAAAAUUCAAAAGCUGUUAUUGUGUUAACAUCAGAAGCGUCUCGAAAUAUGUAUCAAAUUGGGAUUGUUAAAUAUAUUUCUAUAUUAUGUGGUGCGAAUCCUUCGUCUUUCAACAAUACCGCCUCGUCUCAUUCUCAGUUGGCAAAACCAUUGAUAAUUGUUGCUACUCUGUCACCGUAUGACUUCUUUUAUAACAAAAGUAUCGGAAGUGCAUAUUUAUGUUGUUAUGAUUAUACAAAUAAUGUUUUGAAAGAAUUGGCUGGUGUAUUAAUGGGUGAUAUCCAAGCAGAAGGCUGUAUUCCUGGAGAAAAGAAAUUUGUUGGAAAACUGAGAAAAAGAAAGUCAAUUGAUUCACAAAAUACUGGAGAAAAGCAUAACCAACUAAAAGAACGAAGAAGUUCUCAACCUAAGCGUAGAUGGUUAGUGGAUGAAUUUGAUUUGAAACGUGACUGGGCUGGUUUGAUUAAUAUAUGGAAGAGUAAUACUGAUUCAAGUUCAAACGUUGACGACCUUACUGUCAAUGUAUCAAAUAAUCAAUCUGGAGAAAUAACGUACCAAGAUGAAUCCUUUUACAAAAAAAUGUAUCAGUUGCUAUCUACUACCGCUAAUACUCAGAAACAUUUUGUAAUUAGAAAUUCAUCCUUAAAUAUUCUAUACGGUUUUGUUUUAACAUGGGUUGAUGAUAGCCAAGGAGUUCCUUUGGAUGGCGAUCUAACUAAGCUGGAUAAUAUUCAAAAAAAGACUGGCUCAAUCAUGUAUUUAUUGGUGGAUAAAUCAAAACGAUUACAGAGUAUCGGAAAGAAUUUGCAUGCUAGAGCGAUAAGAUAUUUAACGAAAGAACAAAAAUGCACCAGCCUCACAUUAGGUUGCUCGUUUCCGUUAUUAGUCUUGCCAAAAAAUUCUAAUUUAUUAACAAAUAAUAAGGUAGUCUCAUUUAUGAAUAACGUUGGGUGGGACGUGUCUAACGAUUAUUCUAAGAAACAUAUUAUGGUGUUGUACGAUUUGAACAAUUGGCUGGUUCCCAAGAAAAUUUUUAGAGAGUUGACAAUAGUGGGUGUAAGAUUUGAUGUUUGUACUGAUCCACAAAAAUUGAUGAAUUUAAUACAUAGCAGUAUCCUGCAACAUGAUAAACUGGUGAAAAAUUCUAUAAGGCUGGGAACACGCAUGAGGGAAGACAAAGAUAACACGAAGGAAGUAUAUAUAGAGGCAAUUAAAUAUUUGACUAACAGCCCGUCAUAUGGAGUGAAAAUAAUUAUUGCUUUAGAGCCAACCAACCAAAAUAUUAUUGGAAGUAUAAUAUUGUUUACCAAUAAGUCACAAAUGUCUAAAUUUUAUCCGUUCUUAGAAGAAUGCUUGAAAGAUUCGAAGACACUAGAAAACCUGAACCUGCAAGAUCCAUUAAUUGGAGGUAUAAUGGCUCCAGUUAUAGAUCCGUCUUACUCGAAUUUGACAGAAAUUAUUAAUUUUGGGCUUAUAUGUAGUGCAAUAACGUUCGCAAAAACUGGAUUUAAUGAUAAUGAUCAAAAUCAAAUGAAUAAAUGUGUUAUGAUGGGUAUAAACGAUGAUAAUUUGGGAAAUAUCAGUGGGAUCAAAGAAAUAGGCUUUGAGGAGUGGAAAUAUUUCUAUGAUUUUUACGACGCUAAAAAUGAUGUUGAAAAAUCAUUCCUAGGAGAAUAA